AUGGCUACGGUUGUAAAUAACCUUUUUAAGCGCUGUCGGCUAUUUAACGUAGUAUUAGGUAUUGUUGGGAAUAGAGGUAGAACUUUUAUGUCUAGAGAUCUAGGGAUUAAAUUAAUUUUGACGGUAUUAUUAAGGUUUGGCGGAAUUGUUAUAGGGUUUGAAUUUGAGAUUGGAGGGUCCGAAUUCGGGUUUGGAAGUAGGGUUUGUAAUAACGGCGUUGGAGAGUUUAGUGUUGGAGUCGGGAAUUGUAUUAUCUACUUUGACCUAAAUUUAUUGACCGGGUCUUUUUUAAAGAAGUUUAAUAAAAUAGAAGUUGGUUACUUUAAAUAUUGA